ACCUUAUUAAGUGUACACUGAACUACACAUUACAAAAAACAUAUAGAAUUUUUACAUUUAGAAGUUAUUACUCACACCUUGUUAAAAACACCCUGACAUCUGCAUUAACAGGUUUUCUUCACCCGAGCAGUGGCAGCAAAUUUCUUGUUAAUUAAGUUUUUUCGUAUUUGCCUAAAAGUUGCAACAACUGUGUAUAGUUCCUUAAAUUAAACUAAAACUUAAAAUUUAAUAAAAACCAAAUAAACAAAGAAAUACUUUCCAAUAUAUUGUAUAAAACUAUGAACUCUGAAACGACAGCUAACCCAACACCCGCAGCUGCAGAAAACUUAAACGCCCCUUCCAACACCUGCCCCAGCUCUUCUAAUACACAACAGAAUGACAGUGAUAACGGUGAGCAAAUCAUAAAUUGGGUAGAAGAGGCUUCAGCUAUAAUUAAGGAUGUAAGGACACAUGUAGCAGAGAUAGAUAUUUCGAAAACAUUGCCCAGUAAUGAAUCACACAUAUACCUUAAUAUACGAACGUUUGAAGGAGCCGCUUACUGUGUACAUGUGUCCAGUUUGGGUUUUCGUAUUGUUUCAGAACUUUAUGACACUAUCGAUAGCGAUAAAGCAGAAAUCGAUGAAGAGGAGGAAGUGUUCGAAACACCUUAUGCUUUAUUAGAUAAAAUAAGUCCACGUUAUGUGGAAUCAUUUGGCAAUCAAUUGUGUAAACAACUAUUGCAAUUACAACAAAUGAGAACUGAAUUUAAUGAGGAAGAUGAAGAAGGUUUAGAAGAGGAGGAUGAGGAAGAAGAGCAUCAACAAAACAACACCAAAACUUUAGUGUAACAUUAUGAUAAUAAACAAACGGAGUACUACAUAUAAGCACGACCAAACCCUUUCGGACAACUUUCUCUAGCAACUAAACCACAACAGAAACUCAUUCUGUUUUCAGAUUCACACUUUGUGGAAUUUGUAGGCGAUUUUCAACAAUCUUAAUGACCUCGUUAUAUAUUUAAUAAUAGGGGUCAUUCAUUCGUUUGUUAACAAAGUAAGAGGAAAAUCGUUAUUGAAUAUAUAAAUGUGUGUUUAUUUGUAAUUUUUUUAUUAUUUAGAAUUGAUAAGUUAUGUAUGUAUUGUAAUAUUUUUUCUAAUUUAAUUAAUAAUUUAAAUUCAAUGCAACAGCAGCAGCAAUAGUGUUUGUUCGUUUUUUUUAUAUAAAUUAACUAACACAUUGUAAUGGUGUAAAAAUGUUUAUGCUGAUUAACAUUAUUUCGGGAUCACUUAACUUGUUGAGAGAAAGAGAGAUUAUAUAUUGUGUUUUGUGCAUUUUUAGACUUUUAAGCGUUUCAAAAAUAAAGAUUGUGAUUGCAAUUCCAAA